AUUUUAUCUUCUUUUCUGCCGGGCUUAUUUUCUUUUCCAUAUUGCUUUGUAUGUGUCCUUAUGUUGAGGUCUAUCGAAAAUAAUCUCUAUAUUUUUUAAGGUAAUGUAAAAUCUGCAUAUAUUCUAUCCUUCUCAGACACCAUUAUGUGAAAUUUCACUGACGUGUUGCUGUUGCUGUAAAAGCUUUUAUCCUGUUUAAAGGAGAAUAUCUUUUUUUGGUCCGGUGGAAUUAUUUUGGCAAAUGAAUAAGCAGUGAGAGGAUGAGAAAGAAAAAAGAGCGGAAGAGGUGGGUAAUGUUAUUAUCUGAUCCCAUCAUUCUUCUGUGCUUGGACCCGAACCAGGAACUGCUUUGGAAUCUGGGCGCACGAGGCACGACCCAUUGUCAUUCUUAGAAUAAUGGCGGCCAUAGUAAUGUUCCCCGGCGCUAGUCUGUAUGUAAAGUCACAGCUAUCAUUGUGGCCUUCCAUUAGAAAAGAAUCAAAGUAUCUUCUUCCUUCUCAGCCACUAAGUCAACAUUUCUCUUCUUCCUUAUUAAUUCGGCAACCAAUUCGUUAUUCCCAAACUGUAUCUUGUUAUCCUGAUCAGUCUUCUUCGCCAAGGACUCGGUUGAACCUCAAUCCCUCAACGAAGCUCUUUGUUAGCGGACUCUCAUUUCGCACAACUGAAGAGAGCUUAAGAAACGCCUUCAACAACUUCGGGGAGCUCGUGGAAGUCAAUUUGAUGAUGGACAAAAUUGCCAACAGACCAAGAGGAUUUGCUUUCCUUAUAUUAGCUAUGCUACGGAGGAGGAAUCACAUAAAGCAAUUGAGGGAAUGCAUGGCAAGAUGGACAAGAACGAUUGAUUCAAAUAAAUCAAGACACAAGCAGUCCAAAAUUGAGGCGCAAUACAGUGGUUUCCGAUUUAUCACUUCAACAUCAAGCUCAAAUUACGGAAAUAUGGUUGUUGCAAAAAACUUUUACCUGAAAGCAACAGACCUGGAUCUUCUGAGUUUUACUCCUUGGACAUGUAUACAUUGCACUGGUGAGAGAUUUGGUGCGACAAGAAGUGUAUACAGUUCGGAUUUCCAGCUCUAUUACUGAGGAGAAGUUCCGGUGGGUCGCCGGAGUUACAACUGACCUUCAUAAUUGAGGCUUGGUUGAAAAUGAUCGGGACUGAUUUUGAUUUGGGGCUAUUCCGUUUUGGUUUUAGUCUUUUACUUUUGCUUUUGCUUCUGCUUUUGCUUUUGCAGAUCAUUGAUGUUUUUACUUUCUUGUUUAUUAUGUACUACUAUUAAUAAAAUAUCCUCCACUAAGGUUUACUUAGUGGUUUCCAAAAAAAAAAAAAAAAAAAAAACUCAGCCAUAUAUAUCCUUCAUUCUGGAUGAUAUUGUUCACUGAAGAGUGAAGAAUCUAUUGUCAUAUAACAUAGAAUUAUACUGCAAUCUUAAAAGUGGCGUAUGGCCUCCGUCCUUCUUUUGUCCAGAAAAAAUCAAUUUAUGUGCAUUCCAGAUGGGGCAGUAAGUUCUCUGGGCUCGAUAUGCUUUCCUACAUCUUUUGGGGUUGAAGAUAGAUGUCCAAUGAAGAUAGACAGUUAAAAAAGAAAACAAGGUUGAUGACUUUAGGUGCCAAGUGGGUGCGUGACAAGUUCACAUAUUGGAUACAGGUCUUGGUGUGGGUUUAGAAAAUUUCAUCUGGCUUCCCAUAAUUUAUUAUUUGAUAGAUUGAUAAAUGAAAACUAUUAAAUGCAUCAGAAUUGAUAACAACCUACAUCAGCUUUAGCCGAUAGAGCGCUGGAUUUACUGUCAAUGAAAUAU